GAAAUCUCUACUAAUUAAGGGGUCCGUCAAGCUCUCUAUGGAAGAAUUUCCCCAGGUAGUCCCUGGACAAGCAAUAUGCAAUAAGAUUCAUCCUCCAACAUCAUUCCAGACCAGCGGAGGCUUGGCCGAUUGUCAAACUGUAUACUGGCUUUCUUGACUCAAGUGCUGCAUCAAUAAGCGACCACCAGUGGAUUCUCAAAUUGUUUCUUCCGAUUCCCCAACCCAAAUUUCUCUCAUGUUUUAAUCUUUCGUAAUACCGAAACCAUGGAGAAGCACAUCGUUUACGACGAAAGCCUCACCAAGGCGGAUCGAAUUAUCCUAAAGACUCUAGCUACAGAUAUCGAGAAUCAUCCCCAAGUGGGUCGAGAAGCAACAGAUAUAAGGAAAUCCCAAGGUUUGAACCAUCAACGGGAUCGGGAUCAAGUACCAGACUUGAGCGAUGAAGAUGAAAGGUCACUAUCAUAUCUCAAUGGGAUGAACGACCCGACAAGCCCGGAUUUUGAGCCCUCUGUCUUCCAGGGAACCGAUUACUGUGACAUGGACUGGAAGAGACCUUUCAACCAAUAUGUGCUUAGACAUUACAUCCGCAUCGCCAAAUCCAUUGUCAGGGUAGAUAUUGAUGUGAUCAUGCUCACGCAUAUCAUCUUAUACUUCAGUACCUCUGUGCCCAGCGCUAUCUACCUGUUCUUCGGUUCAUUUAACUGGAUUCAUGGUAUUCUGCAUUUUUCAAUGCAAGCGUCAUAUGCGGGCGCUUAUACCUUGAUGAUGCACCAGCACAUACAUAUGCGCGGCGUUUUGAACAAGCGCUUCGCUCUUUUCGAUCAAUGUUUUCCUUACAUUACCGACCCCUUGAUGGGACACACAUGGAACUCAUACUUCAACCACCAUGUAAAACAUCAUCACAUCGAGGGCAACGGACCAGGUGAUCUGUCCUCGACUAUGGAUUAUCAGCGAGAUAGCGUUCUACAUUUCCUUCAUUAUGUAGGGAAAUUUCUUGCUUUGGUCUGGUUGGAGUUGCCCUUGUACUUUGUAUCCAAGAAGAGAUAUGGCCUCGCAGUGAAGACGUUUUUCUGGGAAGUGGGCACAUAUGUCAUGUUCUACUUCGCCUACAAGUUCAAUCCACAGGCAACAAUCUGCGUUUAUCUUCUGCCAUUUUGCCUCAUGCGCCUCGGUCUGAUGAUCGGCAACUGGGGCCAGCAUGCGUUUGUCGACAACGAGGAGCCCGACUCAGAUUACCGGUCGAGCAUCACCUUGAUCGAUGUACAGAGCAACCGCUAUUCAUUCAAUGACGGAUACCACACGUCGCAUCAUCUGAACCCUCUCCGCCACUGGAGAGAGCAUCCGAACUCUUUUCUCAAGAGUAGACAUGUCUAUGCAUCGGAAGGGGCAUUGGUUUUCCAUAACAUCGAUUAUUUCAUGAUGACGAUUAGACUAUUAAUGAAGGACUAUGAGCACUUGGCAAAGUGUUUGGUGCCAAUUGGAGAGGAACAGCUGGGAUGGACUCUGGAAGAGCGCAUUGCACAUCUUAAAAGUCGUACGCGCAGAUUUACAGCUGAAGAGAUGAAGCUCAAGUACAACUAGCAUUCGGCUGGCAGUAGAGAAACACAGGGUCACAGCAUAGAGGUCAAAAACAUAGACACGAGCGAUUGCUUAGUAGAAUGAAUAGAAUCGGAAGGUGGAAACGCACUCACAUCGAGAGCUCGAUUGUAUUCGCAUUGCAGUGCCAGAC